UAUGCUGAGGUUCAAUAUUUUUUUAGAUUGCGCAAAAUGUUGGAGGACGGUGGCACAGACGACGUCGACAUGACCCUGGCCAUGGUUUCCGUGUUCACCCCUCCCGAUCCGGCAAUCCUGCGCGAGUCUUAUGGUGUUCUUAAGGCCUGUCGCUACCAAGGGGAAACCUCGCGCGAGGUGAUCGACGCCAAGGGCAUCGCCUCGGUGGUUGCGAUGGUUCCUCUGCCACCUAGGCGC